AUGGAGUCUCCAAAUGCUCUCUGGGUCGAAUACCUCCUCCAGCUCAAAAAGGACGCUGAAGAGAAAGGAAACAAAAACUUCGCCUCGACCUACACAAAAUGCUUGAGGAGCAUAAAGAAGUACCCGAUUCCGUUCAUGACGGCGAAAGAGCUGGUCGUUUUGGACGGUUUUGGCGACAAGAUUUGCGCCGAAGUUGACGAGUUGCACAGACAGUUUGCUGAGGAACAUAAAAUAUCGAAAGCAAAGCUUGCCCAGAUCGUUGGGGACAUCCCCCAGUCAUGGGUCGACGUCCAUGAUAAUUUACUCCAGCCACCCGCACCCAAGCGAGCCCCAAAGAAGUUCACCGCCCCAAAAGACCUUGUCGGGCCAACCCAGCCCAUGACCCAGAAUUUCACUCAGCCAACCCAUUCGAACUCUGGGUCUAAGGGUAUUUUUGGUCCAGAAGUAACACUUGUUGUGGAUAAUCGCGAAAUAAGUGGCGUUGGACGUGGGAAAAAGAAGCUCAAGGAAAUGCUUGAGAAGAUUCCACAGAAUGAGUUUAUUUUCAAUCACAGAACACUAGCAAUUUCGGAUUUCUGCUUUUGCCGCGGGGAUGUUGUAACUAUCAUGCUUGAAAGAAAGCGAAUCGAUGAUCUCGCCGCAUCGAUCAAAGACAACAGAUAUAAAGACCAGAAAAAAAGGCUGAAUCAAACUGCCACUUACACUCCCUUUUUCCUCAUUGAAUACAAGCGCCACACAGGUCACAUGCCUUUUUCGACUGUCACCCAAGGCAUCGCCAACAUCGCUUUCUACAAUCACUUCAAGCUUGUGUUUACAGAAUCAAUGACAGAAACUUGCGCCAUGCUCCGCGAAAUGGCAAAACACAUCAAAAAUUUCAAAGAGUCACAGAAAGAUGACAUCGCUCUUGGGGAACUGCAGGCUGCUGCUGAACGUAGAAAGCCUCAUACAAAGCAUGAGCAGAUGAUCAAUCUAUUCCAGUGCUUCCAUGGCAUGACCCUCUCCAAAGCAGUCAAACUCGCUGAGGACGUCGGGCACCUUCACAACCUGAAACACGGCAUCGAAGGAGUCGUCCGCGACAAGAAUUAUCUCACUCCCGCGAUGAAAAAGCAACUCACCAUAUUUUUCAAAGCUCACUAUUAG